UCUCCGUGAAACAAACGUCAAGCUGAACUACUGGCCAGCCAAAGUCAGUAGGACUUGGAGGAGACAUCAACGUUCACAAUUCCAAUGGCGGAAGACCCUCAAAAGCUCAAGAAGAUGGCGGCGGCGGCGUACGACUACGAGAACGAUCCAAGAUGGGCCGAUUACUGGUUGAAUGUUCUUGUGCCUUCUCAUAUGGCGUCAAAUUCCGAUGUUGUCAAUCACUACAAGCGCAAGUUCUACCAACGCUACAUUGAUCCUGAUUUCAUAGUAGAACCAAUGUCUACUGGCAGUUCAUCCCAGUCAACACGAUCAUCGUUUACAUCAUCAUCACAAACACCACCACCAAGAAGUGGCCAAGCUCAUACACGAAACUCAGGAACAGGAUCAACAAAUAGAACUUCAGGAACAUCUGCGACCUCAGGUUCCAAUCCAGCUCCUUUGCGUUGGGAGUGGCAGACAAUUCAUUUUUCUGCCAAUGCUUGGGUGUUUGUUAUUGCUAUGCUUGCUGUCAUUCCACUGGUACCUAGGAGUAUUUCACAAAGAGCUUAUCGACUUUCUUUUAUGGGCACUGCAUGCUCUUCUCUAUACUCCUUGUACUCGCAUUAUGGAAAGCCAAGAGCAUGGAAUUUGCAGGCCUUGCAAAUGUAUCUGCAGUCAAUAGUUGGAACAAAGGAUUUUAUAUACUUAAUAUACUGCAUUUCGUUUGUUACUUCACAUCUUUGCCUUAAACUUGCUUUGAUCCCCAUUUUGUGUCGGGCACUGGAGCAUGUUGCCAAGUUCCUUAGACAUAAUUUUAGUCGAUCCACUCUGUACAGGAAAUAUUUGGAAGAGACUUGUGUUUGGGUGGAAUCAAAUACGACAACCCUCUAUAUCGUGUCUUCACAUGCUGAGAUUGGACUUGGCUUCCUUCUGAUUGUAUCACUACUAUCGUGGCAGCGCAACAUACUGCAGACUUUCAUGUACUGGCAGGUUUUGAAGCUCAUGUAUCAAGUUCCUGUUACUGCUCCUUACCAUCAAAGUGUUUGGGCUAAAAUUGGGAGGAUCGUGACCCCAUUCAUCCACCGCCAUGCUCCGGCGUUGAAUACUCCUUUAUCGGCGAUCCAGAGAUGGUGGUUCAGGUAGAGGAUGCUCGGGAGACGGGACAAUGCAAAGACCGUUUGAAAUGCUGUGCCCUUCAUCUUCAAAUGGAAAGGACUCCAUAUCAAUGACUUUGUAGUUUGCAGCCAGUAGAAUUGAACCUUUGAUAUUUGAUCUAUUGAUGAUUUCGUUUUGGAUUAGUGUAUCUUCAAAAGUGUAGCAUGUGUGAAGCCAUGUUCCAACUAGUUAAUCACUUAUGCCACAAGGGUAGGGCAUAAGCUUGAAAGCGGUGACGCUUUGGCUGUGUGCAAUUGCCUUAACAGAACAAUUGAAUAAUCAACCUCUAGCUUAAAAAACCGUUGUCUUUUUUAACUCUAACAGGUCUAUUUUAGUUUCAUCUUUGAUGGUUAGGUAAAUCGUUAUCAAUGUAGACCUUCAUUUAAAAAGUUUCACAAAUAUUACUUCUUGUUAGAGAAGAUUUCUGUCA